CCGAACUGUUUUCCCCAGCUGACUCUCUUUGCUGAACCCACUUUCUCUGUGUUUUCUCAUUUUUAUUUCUUUAUAAUACUGUUUCUCACGCCCACCAUCUGUAGGAUGAGAUCCCAAUCAUACCAGCUUUAUUUAUUGCAUUCACAGCUGAAGCGACGUUCUUGUACGCUCGCUCGUUUGCCUUGUUCAAGCACUGUGCAGCUCUACAACAGACAAGUACACACACAAUGCAAGGCAGCUCUACACAGAUGGAACAAUUCCCUUCUAUGGCAAGGCCCAGUGGCAACAACGGCAACCAUGUCCCAGUGGAAGUCUGCGAAUUUCGCACGAUGCUAUCACAGUAUAGACUACAGAGCGGGAGGUUUAGGCGGUGGGGAUAAUCUUAGAGGAGCAGCCAGCAUUGGUGCUCCAGGAGGCCCCGCAGGUCCAUCCGAUCAAGCUGUUCCCACAGAUGCCGCAUACUUGAGCGACCCUCGCACGAUUGUCAAACAUUUGAACGACUAUGUCAUUGGUCAAGAACACGCCAAAAAGAUUCUCGCCGUCGCCAUUUUCAAUCACUAUAACCGUGUGCGUGCCAAUCUGAGUAGACAGCAGCAAAGAAAGCAACAGAGGGAAGGAUAUCCGGAGGCAGGUGAAGAACGUCAUCACACUGAACAUCACCAUCCAACAUUGCCACAAGAAUAUUAUCCCUCCAAUAACAGCCCUAUUCAAGGAGUUGGUAACGACUUGGUUCCUGCAGAAAGAUUGCUGGUAUAUGGAUCCCAACGUCGGGCGUGGUUGAAUCCACCAACGCAAGCAAGCGGCAGUACCCGGCCUUCCAGCGAUCCUGUCCAUGCACCACCACCGUUUACACUUCAAGAACCCUAUGAUGAUCUGCCAGUUCAUGACAAAUCCAAUGUGCUUCUCAUUGGACCUACGGGUUCAGGCAAAACACUGCUAGCCAAGACUUUGGCGCAUAUAUUGCAAGUACCCUUUUCAAUGUCGGAUGCCACACCAUUCACUCAGGCUGGUUAUGUUGGUGAAGAUGUAGAACUCGUUAUUCAACGGUUAUUGCAGGCUUGCGAUUACGAUGUGAAGAAAGCGGAAACAGGCAUUGUAUUUAUCGAUGAGAUUGACAAGAUCUCACGACGAUCGGAUUCCUUGUCAGCGUCUCGUGACGUAUCCGGUGAAGGCGUACAACAGUCAUUACUGAGGAUGCUCGAAGGCACAGUGAUCAACAUUACUGAUAAAUCCGGCGGUGGCAGCGGGCAAAACAAACGGGGCGGUGUUCCUGGUGGAGGAGCACUUGGUGGAGGCGCCGGUGGUAGCGGCAAAGGCGAGACGUAUGCUGUAGAUACCAGUAAUAUCUUAUUUAUAUUGAGUGGGGCUUUCAUUGGCUUGGAAAAAACAGUAUCGGAUCGUCUUGCCAAAGGGUCCAUGGGUUUCGAUGCCACGCUAAGGUCAAGCAACGAUAAAGACGAUGAUGACACGCACGUGUUAAGCAUGGUAGAACCGAUCGAUUUGGUAAAAUAUGGCCUGAUUCCGGAAUUUGUCGGCCGACUUCCGGUGUUGGCUUCCGUGAAGAACUUGGAUGUCGAUGAUCUUGUUCGUGUUUUGACGGAACCGAAAAACUCUUUACUAAAACAAUACGAGAGCCUUUUCGGUCUCAGUCAGAUUGAAUUGUGCCUUAGCAAAAAUGCCUUGCGAGAAAUUGCCAAGCUGGCCCUGGAAAAGAAGACAGGAGCUCGUGGAUUGCGUCGCAUCAUGGAGAACUUGCUUUUGGAUCCCAUGUAUGACGCUCCCGGUACACCUAUUACCCAAGUUGUGAUUGACAGCAAAGUGGUUUCUAAGAAGAAAGCACCGAUUUACCUUCGUCAAGACCAACAGGGCCUUGCCGAGAAAAUCAUUGCCGAGGACGAUGGUACUUCCGAUGCGUCGUCUUCUCUUGAUCAAGAUAUGGCCGAACAUCAGCAGAUGACGCAUAUUUAAUGACAUCGACAUUUCCCAAUUUACGAAAUUUCUUGUAUUAUAUCUUGUCUUUAUCUUUUUUUCCUUACAUAUUUUUCGUCUUCCUCCUACAUAUCGCGGGUGUGCGUGUCUGUGGGCAAUCUUCAGUCCUCGGUCAAGGCAAGUGCUACUAGGAUCCUUUAACUCCUUGCUUAUACACACUUUUUCCACUUCCUGUCUGUUAUCCCCCCCCCCUUCUCUCUAUCUCUUUUUUUCUUCAAUUAUGUCACUUAUUCAUCUGAAAAAAAGCGUUAUCCCCAUAUGACUUUCUUCUGAUACUUUUUUUUUUGAGUCUUUUGAUUGAUGCGUCGUUGUGGAAUAAAUUUCCCGAAAAUAUAACCCACUCGAAACUUGAAUGGGUGGCUUUUCGUGACUCGCUUUCAGGGAUACUGAAAAGUUUCCCAAACGGCUAUUCAAAGUGGCCUUUUUUUUCAG